CGUUGAAGGGACCAGCACGAGCUAGCCUCCCUCAUACGGCACUGCAAGCUAUACUGACGCAGACUCUCCUGAAGCCCCUCACCAUGUCUCAGACUGCCAAGUCCGCCUCCAGCCAGGGCACUGAUGCCAAGGACAAGGGAGCCCCAGCUCCAGCUGCCUCCAGCAAGGCCACCAAGACCGGCGAGCCUGGCAUGGGAUCCUUCAGAAUCAUGCUGUUCGACCAGGAGAACUUCCAGGGCAGGAUGAUGGAGGUCCAGAAUGAGUGUAUGAACGUGUGUGACCGUGGCAUGGAUAGAGUGCGUAGUAUCAUUGUGGAGUGUGGCCCCUUUGUUGCCUUUGAGCAGACUAACUUCCGUGGGGAGAUGUUCAUCCUGGAGAAGGGAGAGUAUCCUCGCUGGGAUACCUGGAGCAACUCCUACCGCAGCGACUGCCUCAUGUCCCUCAGGCCCAUCCGAAUGGACAGCAUGGAGCACAAGAUCUGCCUGUAUGAGCUCUCUGACUUCAAGGGCAACAAGAUGGAGAUCCAGGAGGACGAUGUGCCCACACUCUGGGCGCAUGGCUUCUGCGACAGAGUGGGCAGCGUGAGGGUGCCAGGAGGAGCGUGGGUGGGUUACCAGUACCCUGGAUACAGAGGCUACCAGUACCUGUUUGAGUGCGGUGACUACAGACACUACAAUGACUUCUGCGCCUUCCAGCCCCAGAUCCAGUCCAUGCGCCGCAUCAGGGACAUGCAGUUCCACCAGAGAGGAUGCUUCACCUUCACCUCCGCCAGCAAGUGAAUGACAUCUGCUGGCUGCCCGGUGCUGUUGCAGCCAUGCAGCCCUCUCAGCUUUUUAUCUCUCCAAACAAGCCCUUUCUCCAGUCUCCAGUGCUUUCCUUUAUCUCCACAUCAUCGCUCCAUCCCAGAGGAAAGACAGAAUGAGAGCAAACACACUGGACAACA